GGCUUGACGCGAUUAUUGUCAUUUAUGGGGCGAAUUCGAAAAAGAAAUUAUUUUCGAGUAAAAUAAUUUUCAUUCAACAAUCAACAGCGUAAAAUCGAAGAAAAGCCAAAUUCUCAAUGAACUUUGUUUGACGUUGGCAGCCCUGCGAUGGCAGUUACGCUGGUAUUGUUUCAUUUGAAAUGCACUGAAUUCCCCCCAGAAUUGUUUACACCCGUUGUUGACAACUCCAAAUUCCCCUUGAAUCAUUACAUGAAGUUUAAUAAACCCUCGUCAUACCCAGUGAGAUAAUCCUCUCCGAAGAUGUUAAUCUACAGUAUUCCAAACACUAGUAAAGUUCACCAAGCAGUGACAAACAAUCUUCGAACAUUGGGGGUUAAGUCGAGGGUAAAAAGGACUCACCUGAAGACUGACAAGGAAAAUCGUGUGAAAAAAGUGUUCGGUGUAUCUCUGACUCAGCAGAAAUUCGAUUCUAUAAAGCUAUCGACCGGUGCCGUGAUAAGUGUACCAGUUUUUGUGAAACAAGCAGUGAAUUACCUGGACCUCCACCUGAAUCAAGAGGGCCUCUUCAGGAAAGCUGGUUCUCAGACAAGACAGAGGGAACUUGUCGCACGUUUUGACAAUGGGAAUGAGCUAGGUGACAAGUACAAUGCGAUUGACGUUGCCAAUUGUCUGAAGAAAUACCUGAGGGAUUUGCCAGAGCCUCUGAUCCCCAAUGAAUUUCAUGACCUCUUCGUCAGAUGUGGAAUGCUCAAGUUCUGCAAAGUCGAUGCUAUUCUUCAGGCCUGUCUUCUCCUGCCUAUCAAGUACCUUACGACUCUGGCUUUCUUGAUGGAUUUCUUCCAGAGGGUGGCCAUGUACGAGAACAUGAACAAAAUGGGUGUUGAUAAUUUGGCUAAAGUCGUUGGGCCCAAUAUCAUGCCCGUCAGGGAGACCACCAUGGCUGCUGUGCAGAAUAGGCUCAAUGCCCAUCUCUCUAUUAUUAAGAUAUUAAUUGAGAACGCACGUAAAAUCGGUGUUCUACCAAAAGAGAUAAUGGAAACAGCGAUGUCAGAUAGUAUUGCAAGUCCAGGAACAGAUCUGGACCACUCAGGCUCCUCCUUCAAGAGCAAGAGGAAGAAGCAUAGAUCGGGGAGUUUAACACGAAUGUUUAACGGCCUGAAGAAAAUCGUCGGCAAAAAUUCCCCCGAGGAGACCAUCUCCCGUCGUUCCCUGAUGCCACCGCAGCCCUCGUCUCCCUCUAAAUCCACGAAAAAGCGAAAGAUUGCAGAAGUAAACCCCUCAACAACAUCGAAAAAGAAGCGAGAAUCAAAUCCCAGGGCUCUCUUUCCAUCUCCAGUAUCAGAGGAUCCAAAUCCAACAGAAGAGAAACCCCAGAAGCUGGACAAAUCCAGAAAACUUCUGAACCUCGAUAGAUUCGUCUCUAGGAGUCGUCACAAGCUGCCCAUCGAGCUCGAGCCCGAACGCUCCCCAGUGAUCGAGAGACGCUGGAGCAUGGCCAGUGGUGUCUCCAGAAAUCCGAAGAAGAGGAACUCCAAAAAAUCCAGUGUCUCUUCUCUCCUGGACAAACGGACAAAAUCCACCCUGACAGAGGAAUACGACAGGAUAUUCAUGGAAGCAGACGUGAAUCUCUCCGACGAGAAUCCUGAUCUCCCCAGGUGCCUGACGUUCCCUCCGAAUCCAUCGAAAGUCCCCGAGGAGUACGUUAAAAUUCCCAAGAAAGAGUACGAGGAGAUAAAGAAUCGAGUCUCAGCGAUAGAAUCACGUAUUGACCAGGAACUCCAUACAAUCGACACGAUCGACACCUUCUGCUUGGACUCAGCUAGCGAGGUCCAGAGUAAGUAUGAAAGGACCCUGGGGGAGGCGAGUAUUGGAAGUAUCACGCCAGCAGAUCAACUGGCGAGACGCCUGGGAAAAGAGCUGAAGAUUAGAAAAGGAUCCGAUGGGAAAGUCAUCAGAUCCCCGAGUGCCAGGAAGAUAGGGAACAUCAGGAGGAGGUCUCAGGAGAAGCCUGUGAGCAAACGUAGAGUCUCUCGUUCAGCCUCCUGGCAUAUAUCGGAGCAACCAAGACCCCUUGCUUCGUCCCAAUACGUUCAGGCGAAGGAGGAGAUGGGAGAGGAGCUCGGGGAGGUGUGCAGUGAGGAGACCAAUGCCAGGUUGGAUUUUCUCCAUCAGCAGUUGUGCACUUUGAUGAGUCACACUGCAGAGCACACCAGGUCAUCAGGGCUAGGAAUUAAUUACGAGUCCCAACAAAUUACUGGAUUGGCGUCACCUAAGGUCGCAGGGCUGAAGCAGGUCAGGAGGGCCUCCUCCUUCCAUGGGAGCUCGAUCUCUGAAGUCGAGCAGAAAAAAGUGUAUUACAAUCUUAGAAUGAGUAAUUUGAAGAAGAGUAACUCUCAGAGACAGAUGCAGAAAGUUAUACCGACUAGUCAGAGUGAUAUCUUCACGUGGAAGAAUGCGAGUAUUUAUUUGGAGUCUGAGAAACACACGGCAAAAUCCAUUCUACUCCGGAGAAAUGGAUCCCCGGGGCUCACGCAGACGGGAAGGGACUCUGUCGCUAAACUUCGGACCCAGAAUGCUGGAAUGGUACUGGCGAAGGCGAAAUUAUUCGAUGAUGAGUGCAAGAGUCAGGUGAUUGCCCAGCAACGCACCUCGUCGGGGGGUAGUGGGGGAAAAAUUACUCCCCCGAAUAAAAAUGAGAGGAAGAAGAAGUGUCGAAGUCCUAAAACCCACGAGGGCAGGCUGAAGUCUGAUCAGGAGAAUUCGAUUAAUUUUAAUGGCAGUGGAAUUUCGAGUGAAGCGCCGACUUACAAGACUCCGCAUAUCAAGAAACCUCUGGCUGUCAAGACUCCGAAGAGCACUAGGUCUUUGGUCAGGAGGGCACCGAUCGAUAUGAAGAGAACACCUCUCAAGGCCGUUCCCCUUGCUGGCACUCCCAAAAGGCAGAGUCCCAGGAAUGCCUUCAGGGCGAGACAAGUCACCCGGAACAUCGAUAUUGAUUAGGGAGGUAACUAGAGAAUUGCCAUUUUUUUUUAGGUUUACAAUUUUCCGAUGGGAUUUCUUGAGUGGAUCUCAAUCGCUGUAUUUUUAUAUCGUGCCUUUGAAUGUAUUUUUUUGAAGAUUAAUAAAUAAUUGAGAUUGGA